GUCUCACAUCUGCGUCAGGCGUGGUCGUUAGUUCGUGUCGAGUGUGUCGUUUGAGGGCCAGUGCUUGUAACACUGGAUCAAAGCAUUUUUCCACCCUGUUCCCCCAGAGUAUUUUAAACAUUGGGCGAAGAGGAGUCAAUUUUUGGAUAAAAUUUGUGACAAAUUGAUAAUAAAUCUUGUGAAAAAAACAUAUCGGCGAGAGAUAUUGCUGACAACAAUGACCCGAGUGCGGUUCGUGGCUGGUUUGGCCGGUUCGACGUGAAUCAUCGCCCGGCGUAAUAUCCCAACAGAACCGAGAGAGAGAGAGAGCGAGAGAAAAAAAGUCACCGAGAUAUUAAUGAACGCGUGAAUUGAUUAGUUUGUGAUACCAGUGGGUGAUUGUAUUGUUUUAUUGGUUACGAAACACACAAGUGACGACAUUUCUUUGAUAGAGCGAUGUCCCGGAUCUCAGUGUAAAGAAGAUAAAAAUAAAAGCAGACUUGAGCCAGAAAAAGACUGAAAAAAAAAAAUUGGAAACCAAAAGGAAGUGAUAAAAUGUCAACCGAGAAUCAUAACGGUGGUCAUGCGAAUGGUGGCAUAAAAUCGCCCAUUGGUCUCGCAUCAACAGUUCCAACAACCACCCAAUCAACAACAUCAACAACAAGAACUCUGUCAAACAAUGCGUCGUUCUUAUACUCCAGCAAUUCAUCGAUUAAUCGUGAUAAACCAAGACAGGUACCACCACCAACAUUGCCAAAGUAUACAUCGAGUUUUAACACUGGAACUAAUGGAACUACAGACAGAUUAACGAGAGAUCGGGAAUCGGGGGGAAGUUACAGACUUGCGAGUCUUGAUAGACUUGCAUUGAGGCACAGAAUACUCGAUGGUGAAAAACAAAACGGAGAUAAUGGAAAUGCGAUGCAAACAAAGCGAGAGUUAUUCUUCAAAUCGGAACCAGGAGUGCUGACAUCCCCAUCAGUACCAUCAGUACCUCCACCCCAGCCUCCAGCAACUGGACUAACAACAUCGACAACAGUAUCACCAGCAACUGCUCCCCCAACAGCGCCCAUAAAGCCGAGACUACCUCCAACAAAUGUGACCUCGAAUCAGACCGAUGCAUCUGAGGACAGUAACAAACGAGAAUCCAAAUAUGACAGCAACAAAGAGGCCAGUGUGCAGUUGCAUCCACGCCCAGCAAUACCCACGAAGCCUAAAGAACUCGAUGGAUAUGUUGGCUUUGCCAAUUUGCCGAAUCAGGUCUACCGAAAGGCUGUCAAGAAGGGUUUUGACUUUACACUGAUGGUUGUUGGAGAGUCCGGUUUGGGGAAAUCAACACUGAUAAAUUCAAUGUUCCUGGCUGACAUAUACAGCGCUGAGUAUCCUGGACCUAGUCUGAGAGUCAAAAAGACAGUUGCUGUGGAAACGACGAAAGUCUUGUUGAAGGAGAAUGGAGUGAAUCUCACGUUAACGAUUGUUGAUACACCUGGCUUUGGAGAUGCUGUUGAUAACAGCAAUUGUUGGGUACCAGUAAUCGAAUACAUCGAAUCGAAGUACGAGGAAUUUUUGAAUGCCGAGUCACGAGUGAUUCGACGACAAAUACCAGACAGUCGUGUGCAUUGCUGUCUGUACUUUGUAUCACCAACGGGUCACGGUUUGAAGCCACUCGACGUUGAAUUUAUGCAGCGGUUGCACGACAAAGUUAAUAUUAUACCAGUCAUAGCCAAGGCUGACACCAUGACUCCAGACGAGUGUGCGCACUUCAAGAAGCAAAUACUCAACGAGAUAGCGCAGCACAAGAUUAAGAUAUACGAAUUUCCCGAGGUAGAAGAGGAGGAGGACAACAAAUUGCAUAGAGUACUGAGGGAUAGAGUGCCAUUUGCGGUGGUUGGAGCUAAUACUGUCGUGGAGCACGAGGGAAAGAAGGUUCGGGGGAGGAAAUAUCCUUGGGGUGUUGCUGAAGUGGAGAAUCUGGAACACUGUGACUUCAUUGCGCUAAGAAAUAUGGUGAUAAGAACUCACCUUCAGGACCUCAAGGAAGUAACGAAUAAUGUGCAUUAUGAGAACUUCCGUUGUCGUACACUUGCUGGAUUAGGUGUCGACGGUAAACCCACGAGAAUUUCGAACAAUUUAUGCCCACCAGGAGUGAUGAACAGUUUCAUGACAGUUUGGAAUCCACUAGCCCAACUGGAGGAGGAGAAACGUGAGCACGACAACAAAAUGAAGAAGAUGGAAACAGAGAUGGAGCAGGUGUUUGAAAUGAAAGUCCGUGAGAAGAAGCAAAAGCUUAAGGAUUCCGAGGCAGAAUUGCAGAGACGACAUGCCCAGAUGCGUUCGUCACUGGAGCAACAGUUGAGGGAGCUCGAGGACAAAAGGCGGGCAUUUGAAGCUGAAAAACAAGUCUGGGAGCAACAAACCGGCCACAGUAUUGAUGAAUUGCGCAGACGUAGUUUGGAAGCCAACUCAAAAGAGACUUGCUCGAUGUCCUCCGAGGGAUCCGGCGGUGGAGGGGGUACAUUGAGGGGAUCACGUGGCUUGGGAAGUCUUCUUCGUCGUCACGCCAGUUUCAAAUCACCACAAGACAACCCCCCACAGAUUCAGCUUGUCAUACAACAUCCCGAGCAUUCUUAAUUCAAUCAUUUACGAUUAAUUAGAUGUUUAGAUUUAAUACGAGAAACAUUUAUGCUAACAUUUUUGUAGAAGGCAACUAAUUAUUCAUGAUUUUUUUUCACAAUUAAGAGUGGAAUAAGAUUAACUAAUGAGUUUUGUUGACUUUUCGAGAUUUUUUUCACCAAAACAUGAACAUAAAGACACAUUUUGGAGGUAAAGAGGACGAUGUUUUGCUCGAAAUAUCAUUGACUAUUUUUCUGGUGCAAUACUAUUCAGAAAAAAUAAUUGAAUUCUUAUUAUGAAUGAGGGAAUUGGGGGGCAGAAUGACUUGUUCUUGAUGUAGUACUUAAAACAAGACCAAAACUGCUUUUCAUGUGUUUCGAAUAUCUCCAAGUAGCAGAAGGAUAGCAAAAUUUUUGUGGCAACUCUUGAAAAAAUGGUGCUCAGGAAAUUUUCAAUGUCUUUCUUCAGUCGGAGGAUAUUCACGAAAAAAUGAAUGCGAAAAGAACUUUAUUAAUGUCGUCCAUAAAAGCUUCUCCACGAAAUCUUUGAUAUCUUGAAGUUGAUUCAGUGAAAUUGAACGAACAAGUCUCAUUUUGAAGAAGAAAAAAUGUCUUCAAAAUGAAAGAAAAAAUUGUUCAAUUGAAAUCCUUCGUUCACAAGAUGUUACUGAUUAAAAAUAUAUAUAUAUAUUGUUCGUUUCGGCAUUAAAUUAGUUGAAAAAUCCUCUUUAUAUCCUGUAAUUAUACACUCCAUCCGCGAACACUGGUAGAAAAUUUCGUACGCCUCAUUUUCAGUCAUAAAUUAACACAAAAAUAUUUCCGAAUAUUAAUAAAACAAUUUGUGACUCAUUUGACAGUUUCAUCGUUUAUAUUACUAAUAGUUACGUUUGAUGACGAUGUAACGAAACGAUUGAAUACUAAUUUCUGUUUUUGGAUUAAUUAAAAAUUAACAUGAGCACUCAUUUGUAAACUCCUCAAGCUGUCGUCGUUAUUAAUGAUGAUAAGAUGAUUAAUGACUCUGGAUGAAUACAUUUGAGAGACAGCUUGACAGAGUAUUAAUGAAAUUCAAUCAUACUAGUUCGUUGUAGAUGGAUAAUUCCAUGAAAAUUGUAUUGUCAUACUCAUUUUUAUAAAUUUGCAAAUAAACGUAAUGCUUUCUUACAAAUUAUUCACUAACCAAAUUUGUCCUAGUACGAGAGACAGAAGAACAAAAUUAUUUUAUCGAAAUGGGGGAGAGGAAUUAUGGGACGAAAUCAUUUCAAUUGAAGCGUCAAUAUCUCAGGAUUGACAGAGUCAAAUUUCUCUUUUUUUUUCAUUUCCAAGCAAAUUUUACAGAGUUUGGAAUGAAGAAAAUUUUUUUUAAUUCGGAUCAUUUGAUUGGAAGAUAUUGAAAAAUUUGCCUCCAAAAAAUUCCUCAGGAAUUAGUUUGUGAGAAUAGCUUACGAUCUGCAUUUCUGUUCUGUUCCAUCUAAAUAUUUUGCUAUCAAUUGCUGUUUGUAUUUAUCGCUUGGAUGAAUUUCUCGUUGUUAAGAUGAUUUUUUUGCGCUACUCAGUUGUGUCAGCAUGAGCCUGAGUUGCCACGUUUAGGUAUCAUUGAGUCAGAGAGGGAAAUGGCAAAAGGGAGAUAAAACCGCUGUCUUUAAACGGUAACCCUUUAAGAACGGCGGAGUCAAAAUUUUGGAUUUUUGCACAUCUUUAAGAUCUUUUUAUAACUUUUAAAAUGAGCCUUGAUUUGCGGAAAUCGCAUCGUUCUUUCUGAAGCAAGCGAGCGUUGAAGAUGGCUCUUUUAUCUGACUCUUCAUUUUAAUAUUGGGACUCGGAAAAGAAAAGAAAUAGAUGGAGACGGGAAAGGAGAGCAUGCGGGGAUGACUUCUGCUUGGAGUUGUGCCCUUCUUUAAAGCAUGCGCAAAUAGUGUCAACCAACUGUGGUUGGCAUGCAAAAAUUAUUUGAGAGCUGGAACUAAUGAAAACAUGUUUUUUCAUUUUGCGUUUUCUUGGGAAUGAUAAUCUUGACGAGGAAAUAUCCAAUAAAAAAUCGUAUUUAAUGAAAUAUUUCAUGAACCAGAUGGAAAGGGCUGAAGACAUUUUUUGGCUGGAUCAUAGAAUAAUAAAGAUAAUUCAUAAAGACAAUAAGCGAAAAUUUAAAAAACAAAAUUGAAAAAGUCAAUUUUUUACAUUUUUUUAAAUACCACGUUAUUUUGGUAACAAAUAAUUUAAUUUUCUUUCUGUAGACCAUUUAAUUCUCUACAAAAACGCUUUUUACACAUUUCCAUUUGUACCUCUGUCAUUCCCGAGAAAUUUUCAAAAUAAAAAAAUCAAAAAGAUUUCAGACAAUUCAACCCAACUCCAGAAUUCCCCAAGAAAAUUAAAAUCAUACGACCCACGACCCCUAAAUCAU